AAAACUUAUAUCCAGUCAUUGAGUACUUUUAAUCAUAACAAAUAAUUAAUCUGUAUAUAUUUUUUUAUUUUAGUCUAUUCCAUUAUCUUCAUUAAAUCUAACAAUAUACAUUGGUAAUAUUAAUGAUAAUCAUCCGGAAAUUUUAACGAAAAAUUUUACAACACUUGUUUAUUUUUAUCAACCAUCGGUUGAUACAGUUCUUCAUAGAAUUGAUAUUAUUGAUAAAGAUUAUUCAAAUUUAACAUUUGAAAUUUUUAAUAAUACAUUUUCAUCAUAUAAAAUUCAAUUGAAUGGAAAUACAACUGAACUUAUUCUACUUGAACCUAUUCUUGUUGAUCAUGAAGAUAAUUUAAUUAUUCGUGUUUGGGAUAAUGAUACAUUAUUAUCUCCAUAUUAUAUUGAUUUAUAUCUUCGUUUAAUAUAUCUUCAACGACAAAUAGAACUUCCAACAAUUCUUCCACAAACCAUAGAUGGGUAUAUAAACUUAGAAGAACAAUCUUCUAGAGUAAAUUUUGGUGAAAUAUUUCUUCAAAAUCAUUCAGAAUAUAAAUUUAUAUUAUAUAAUUUAAUAUCAAAUACAAAUUUUUUUCUUAAACAAAUAUCAAAUAAUCAAACGGAACUUUAUUUUAAUUCUUUACAACAAUAUUCUCAACAACAAAAACAUCAACGUUUAUUACAAUAUCAAAUUGAAUUAACAGCUAUUGCUAUUAAUCAAUCAAUACCAAAUAUUAAUUUUUCAAAUAAUACAAUUAUUUAUCUUCCAACAAAUAUAAAUUCUUCAGUAAAAUCUCAUUCAAUUGAUGUACAUUUAUGGUUAAUUGAUCGUGAAAUGUUAGAUCGUACAUUAUCAAUAUUAAUUAAUUUAAAUCCGAAAUCAACAUAUGAACAAUUUAUAAUGAAUAGUUUACCUUUAGUACGUGAACAUUUAGCAGCAAUUAUUGGUGUACAUAUUCGUCAUGUACAUAUAUAUUCAUUUAAUUUUAAAAAUCCUAAUCAAAUUGAAUUACUUAUUGCUAUUAUACGUUAUCCAUCACGUUUAAGACCACCACGUUAUAUACAUAAAAAAUUAGUUUAUAAUGUAUUAAAAAAUUCAAGUAAUCUUUUUGAAAAAAUUCCAAAUAUAAAAUCAAUUGAAAAAAUUUCAAUCAAUCAAUGUCAAGUAAAUUCAUGUGAAAAUAAUGGUCGUUGUACAAGUCAUAUUAAACUAUUUUCAAAUCAAUAUGAUUAUUUUUAUUAUAAUACAUAUCAACGUUUAAUACCAAAAUAUCAAUGGAAUAUAAAAUGUUUAUGUUUAAAUCAUUAUUAUGGACAACAUUGUCAGUUUAAACAGGAUUAUCAAUCACCAUGUUCAUCAAAUCCUUGUUCAUCAUUGGAAAGAUGUAUUGAAGAAAGUUCAACUUUAUAUACAUGUCAAUGUAUUGAUGAACCAUGUAAUUAUAAUGAAAUUAUAUCGGAAAGUACAUUAGAUUGUAUUAAUAUCAAUUCACCAACAUGUCGAGAUUCAUCCAAUACUUUAACAUUCGAUGGUUAUAGUUUUGUUCGAAUGAGUUCAAUACUAAAUUUAACUCAACAUACAAAUUUAACAUUUACUUUUCGAACUCAAGUUAGUCAAGGAGUAUUAUUAAAAUUGAUAUCAUUUGAUGAAAAAAAAUUACAACAUAAUAUAUUAAUUCAAAUCAAAGAUAGUCAUAUGGCUCUUGAAUUAGAUAAAAAAAUGCUUUUUCAAAUUAAUGAAAUAACAAUAAAUGAUGGUUUAUGGCAUACUAUUUAUUUUUCAGUUGAUUAUACAUCAACAAAUCAAAAUUAUUAUUAUCUUCUUCGUCUUGAUAAUGUAUUUAGUAACCAAAUUCAACUAUUUCAAUCAAUAUUAUCUAAUCAAUUAAAAGAAUCUAUAAUUGGAAAUGAUUUUCAUGGUUGUUUAGGAAAUUUAACAUUAAAUAAUCAAAUAAUUUAUCUUCAAAAACAAGAUAAAAAUCCGUUACUUGAACAUAUUGGAACAAAUAAUGGUUGUCAAUUAGCUGAAAUUGAAACACGUACAUUAAGACAAUACACUGGUAAAGAUGAUCUUUGUUCAUUAUAUCAUCCAUGUUACAACGGUGGAAUAUGUUCAAGUCAAACUACAAAGCAUGGUUUAAGUUUCAUAUGUAAUUGUUUAAAACCACGUUUUAGUGGACGACAAUGUCAACGUGAUUUACAUCCAUGUGAAAGUCAUCCAUGUUUAUUUAAUGAACAAUGUAUUUCAUCAAAUCAUCUAAAUAUAUCCUAUACAUGUAUAUCAUCACUUGCAAAUUUACCAAUGUCAACAAAAAAUCUUUUAUAUAUUGGAUUAGCUGUUACAUUUUGUACAUUCAUCUUAUUUAUGUUACUUUUUCUAUCAUUAAUUAUCUAUUGUCAACAAAAACGAAAAGAGAAAAAGAAAAAAAUUGUUUUAAAUCAUGAUAAACCAACUGUAUCAGCACCAUUACUUAUUCAAAAAUCAUCACCAACAUUAACACCAGCAAAAACAAUUGAAAGUCCAAUGCAAACAUUAUUAAAAAUCAAUACAAAUGGAAAACAAACUGUUGAAACAAUGGCAUUAGUAGAUAAUACUCUUACAGAAUCAGGAAUGAAUAAUUUUAAUGAUAAGUUAACUAAUAAUCAUGUCGAGAAAAUAUCUCAAUCGAUUGACAAAAUUCCAUAUCAAUCACAUGAAUCAUUAAAUCGUCGUCGUAGUGAUCCAAAAUAUUAUUCAACUAUUGGAAAAAUGAAUAUACCACCAGAUAAUUUUCUCUCUCAUUAUAAUAGUAUUGAUUAUGAUAGUACACGUAUUCCACUUGUAGAUCCUCAUUCGUCAGAUUUAUUUGAUUUUCCAUCCUCACCUACAAAAUAUUUCAAUAGUCAUAAUGGUGAUAACGCUACUAAUUAUCAAAUUUGUAUAAAUUCUUUAUCGAAUUUAACUGAAAAAUUAGUUGAACAAAAUGAUAUUGAAUUAACUCAUUCAUCAAAUGAUUCAUCGAAUAAUGAACAAACGUUAUUAACAUCACCAAUAUCAAAUGGAGAACGUAAACGUUCAUUAUUUAAUGGUGGAAGUGCACAUAGUAUACGUGCAUCAACAUCAUCAUUACAAAAAGCUCCUGUUUAUGCUAAAGUUGUAAAGGCAACAUCAAAAUCAUCUAAUGGUGGUAUGAGUACAAUUGAACGACUUCGUUUAAGUGGUUCACCACUUCGUCUUCUUUCAUCAUCUCCAACAUAUGCACGUACAACAUCAUUUUUAAAAUCGAAUACAACUAAUGACAAUGAACAUUCUCAU